UGAACUAAAGCGCAAAGAUCGCUGACAUUGUAGCAAUUUAUUUUAAUGGUAUCACGAACGAAUGGACAUAUGGACUUAAAGACAUAAUGCGCUCGCUUGCUUUCUAUUACUUUUUAUGAUUUAUUGAAUUAUGUACUCAGUUUCCUAUUAACAUUUAUCUAUGCGCAACUGCUCAGCAAACAGCUUAAGUGCCAGGUGUUCUGGCUGCAGACUAUCUGGCUGGAGUCCCUGAAGGACGGGCAGGCGGCCAAGCAGAACUGCAUCAAAUUGAGCAUGCCAGAGGACAAACAGUUUAUCCUAGUUGCAUCCUCCGCAUCAGACAAAGCAGACUGGUGUCUGGACUUGACGAAGGCCAUAGAGCGGGCACUUCACCCUGGAUCGGUGCCGAAUAUCGCCUGUGAGGCACAACUGAACGAGACAGUGUCCAUGUGCAUGCCAUCACGCGAGAGAGAGGCUGUUCACACUUUCUCUGCCGCACAUGCCAAGUUCAAAGGCGCAACCUAUAAGGGCACUUGGCUCAACGCUAAACCACAUGACAAAGGCAUGUUGGUGUGGCCGGACGGAAAAACAUACAUUGGGGACUUCCACGAAGGUUUGCAACAUGGUCAAGGACGACUCAUAGUCCACUCCCCUCCUCAGGGCAGUGAGGCCAAUGCGUCCUCUUCUUCCUCUUCGGCACCACUGUUCGAACAGAGCUACGUGGGACAGUGGGCCAAUGGAUUCAUGCACGGGUUCGGAGUGCUCAAUUACCAUAAUGGAGACCAAUACGUGGGUGAGUUUGAGAAAAGCAUGCGCUGUGGCUUCGGGCUGCUUCGCAUCGCCUCACCGACCGACGGCACCCACCACGGUUUUAGAAAGCGUAGCAAUGCAAUGCGGCUUAAUGCACUGAAUGUCUCCUCCUCUUCCCAGCGCCAAUCAUACCACAGCUCGACCAAAUCCUCGCCAAUGACUGAAAUGAUUCCCCCCAAUGUGUUCCCCCCAUCACACUCCCAACGCCCUCUGUCAACGAACAACCUAAACAAAACAACUUCCACGAAAGACACCACUUCAAUAAACGACACCGCUUCAAUAAACGAAAGCAUAUUCUACGUUCGCUCUCAAUACUCGUCGACUUUUUCGUUGUUGGACCAUCAGAAUGAAUCGGUUUCAUACGACAGACAGAAUUCGAUUUUCUCCCAACAGUCGUUAUACCCGGAAGAGUGCUCCUUAACACAAUCCGAUGUAUUUGAAAACAGGAGGUUGUCGACGCUCACGGAGCCUAAUGGGUCAACUAGCACCUCGGCGGUAGAAGCGACCGGACAUGGGAGGAUUACUUCGGUGGCUGACGUCCAGUUAGAAGAAUCCUUUAAGCUCUCGCUCCUUUCGGAAUCCAUGGAAAAAUCGGAGCAGUUGCAGAAUUUCAUGCCCAAAAAAAGAGAGUUUCCACGUCUGUUCUAUGGGGAGUGGAUAGAUGACAAGAGACAUGGGUAUGGAGUGUUGGAGGACGACAGUGCGCAGGAGAGGCACGUGGGACUGUGGCUGAAUGACCUCAGACAUGGAAACGGACUCACCGUCUGUGCCCAGAAGGGACUCUACUACGAAGGCACAUUCCAACACGGAAAAUUAACUGGAACUGGUCUCCUCUUGGCUGAUGACGACUCAAUGUACGAAGGGGAAUUGAAUGGAUACAAUCUCAGUGGAAAGGGCAUUUUGACAUUCCCCCAUGGAGAUUAUCUGGAGGGUUCGUUCGAUGGUUCCUGGAGUGGGUCAGAGCUGAAGAUAAAGGGAGUGCUCAAAAAGCUCGAAGCAGGCUUCGAGUCCAAGCCAUGUGGAAGCCUCUAUCGUAAGUUCGACGUGUCGCCCUCUCUCAAAUGGGAGUGUCUGUUCCGGAAGUGUAGGAGCAGGAUGGGAAUCUUGAGGAGCAUGCAAGAUACUGCAACACCCACACCCGCCCAUCGAGGAGCAGUUAGAUUGCCAUGUAGUGACGUGUGGAGCAGUGUUACUAAUUACAUGGAGAUUGACACCGAUAUCUUCAAGGACAUUGAGCACAUUGUGCCUCUUGCUCAGUCUAGUUGGUACUCACUCUCAGAUGAGGAAAAAUCACAAAUCAGGGACUUCCUAACCAGGAUAUGCGGCAACAAGAAACAUCCGAUUGGUCAGUUGAUGGACGAGUUAGAAGUCGUGUUCCGAGCGACUUACGAAGCCUCCUCGGCUGUCCACAGAAGGCUACUGCCGCACUCCAUCUCGGAACUGAAGAGCAUCACAACUAGACUCACAGAUACUAUUGGCUACCUGUUGCCAUGCAUUGAUCCUAAGUACUCCAAGCAGAACAGUCAGAUGAGUAGAAAUUCGGACGACUCUGACAAUCAAAGCGAGACGUUUGCUCUUGAACUUGUGCACCCUCUGGUCUUCGGCCGAGUGUACAGUGUGGUAAUAUCACUGUACGUUCUCUCCAAUGCCGACCAAGAUGCAAACUACAGAAACAAGUUGGAGAUCCUCAACAAGAAAUCAGACAAAGCACUCAUGAGCUUCUACGAAGUGGAGCCUAAAUUUCAGCCUUCUUUUGAUGCCAAUAAAAACUCAGGCGUGGACUAUAGUGGUGCUAUAGAAGCAUUGAAGAAAAUAAGUGAUGCGGUGGUGCCGAGUAGGAAGCUGGAGUGUGUGAGUGAUGCAUUUGAGCAGCUGGUGAAGAGUGCCAGUCAGUUGAGUGGGGAGGAGAGCACACGUCUCAUGAUGGACACUGUCCUGCCCAUAUUUCUAUUCGUCAUUGUCAGAGCCAAGGUUCGCUACUUGAGUUCAGAAAUUCAGUUCGUGGAAGACUUUGCCAACUUCUCCGACACACCCGAGGCAGAAUUUAUUCUGCAGACUGUGAAGGUCGCGUAUGUUCAUCUAACCACGGAAAAAAUAUGGGAUAGCUGAUAACGAUCAAGUUGGAAGAUAGUAAAAAAUGAAGAAGCGUCGCCGAUCGAAUAGAAGUUGAUCAAGUGACGAAGAUUGAAUAGAAACAGUCCGGCAUUAUUUGAAAUUUUCGAUAAACUGUAUAUCUUGCCUGCCAACCAAAACACCGGUGUAUUUUAAAACUCGUAGACUUGUUAGAGCCAUUCAAACUAGCCAAAUUUUUUGCUUUAGAGGAAUAUAAUAUAAUACUUUUUUAUCUAUAAAUUUCUAUCGGUAAAUUACGCAAUUAUAAUGCUGCAAUAUUCUAUCCCAUUACUGUUAUUGCGCGACUCGUGUUCUAUUUCACUCCAAUGUAUAUUUCGAAUUGUAUUUAAUUAUCAGAUUGCAUCAAAUU